ACAAGCUGUAAAAUAGUUACAUCUUUGUGUUUUAUAUAUUUUAUUAAAUCUUAAUGUCUAUGAAAAACUAAAAUUAUACUCACCAUUAUGAACCUUUUUCUUAUUUAUUCACUAACAGUGUUAUUAUUAUGUAUUGGAUCGAGAGCACUUAAUAUUUUUCCUAAAUUACCAAUCGGUCCAUAUAAAAUGAUCUUCAAACAGAUAAGCAGAUGUGAAUCUUCACAAAACCAUAAAAUACGACAUAGUUAUUACUUGAGCUAUAAUCACAAAUCCAAUGUGACUGAAAUCAGAGGGAGUACAAACAGUAGCGUUCUAUUUGACGACACUUUGUUUUUUGAAACAAAUUUUUCCUUCAAAGAUGAAAAUGGAAAUUGGAAAGACAAUACGUUAUAUCACAAAUCGCCAAAUGCUUGCUCUUCAUUUAGGCGUUUAAUGGGAACUACGUGGACCACUGUGAUGGACGGAUUAGGGUUUAAGAAUGCCACAUGUCCUAUACUUCCGGGCAUUUAUACGGCUUCGGCGGUGGAUACAUCAUUAUUUUUAAACGCAAAUAUUCCAAAAACAUUUAUUUACGGGACAUUCAAAAUUCGAUUUUAUUAUACACUUAAAAAAGAAGUUUAUAGCUGCAAUAUUGUUAUUGUAGAAUUUAAGCCUUUUUAAUCUACUAUUUUUAAAUAUUUAUGGAAUACAAUAUACUUUUUAGUUAUUAUAGUAUAAUUUAUGAAGCUCAAACAAGAACUAAAUAAAUGGUUUAAUUAUUCACGUAUAAAAAUAAUUAUUAAUUCCCCAUCAACAGAGUUCAUAUUAGUUGAAAUCAGAUUACAGAACAGGAUUACAUAAACACUUAUUUCAAAAAAAUUAAUG